AUGGCCCCAAUCCGCCGAUACCUCCGAAUCAGCAAAUAUUCCGUCCUCGAAUGCCGAAUUUACCUAGAGAACCCCUCUGAUACACGAUGGCUCCUCGAUAGCAGAGAUCCUGUCCUCAAGCGAAUCUUUACCUGCAUUCGACCAUUGAUCCUGCCUAAGCUGCGCGAAGAAAAUGAGAGGUUAUUUUCUAAGAAGAAGGGGAAGCCUGUUAAGGACGUGAUAGCUGAAGAUGAAUUCGAGGUGGCUAUAUUUCUUCGAGACUCGCGUACGCGCCAUUCGCUCCUGACGCGACAAAAGACCUUCCAAGGGGCCGGGGAGGGAUCGGGAGAGAAUAAACAAGGGGGCUCUGCUGGGACUGCAGAGGCUGGGAUCUUGGUCGAGAGCGAUGAUGACUCUGGGCCGGGGUUGGACGAGAUCCCACAAGCUGGCGCUGAAGAAAACGAGACAAAUGCCAAACGCCAACGACAAGCGGACUCGCCGGAGACUCAGCGCAUGUCGAAAAGAAGGAAAGGGAAGGAGCCAGCACCGCAGGCCGAUGAGGAAGAAGAGGCGGAGGACAAGAAACUGGGAUUCAGGACCAAUUAUGAAAGUUUCAACAUCUACGGCUGGGUUCUUUGUCUGCUUGUCACGCGCAAAGGGGAAAAGGCUCGAGCGAGAGCAGCGCCCUCGGAACCGAAUCGCCAGGUUCUGAUGGAGGAGUGGAUGUCGACACAAGCCCAGGGAGGAGACUUGGGCGAGGAAUGA